AUGGUAACCUCCCUGCCCUCAACCACACUCCCCACGUACCAACCCUCGUGCACAGCCGACGGCUUUAUCGCUUUUGAGGGCACGACCUGUGUUCCCUCGCUCGUCCUCGCCGCUCAUGGCAAAAUCCUCGAGCUCGGCCCUGGACCAGGCAACCAACUCCAGCGCUUUGAUCCAUCCCGUGUAGACUUCAUCUACGCCGUUGAACCCAAUGCGCAGUAUGCAGACCAUAUUGCCGCGAAGCUCAAGAGGCUUGACCUCCAGGAUAAGUACAAACUCCUUGCGUGUGGUGUUGAAGAUAGCGACAUUUUGAGAAGUGAGGGAGUUACAGAGGGGAGUAUGGAUACUGUGCUGAGUAUUCAGGUCUUGUGCUCGGUGGGCGAUGUGAAAAGUGUGAUGAGGGAGGUGUGGAAGUUGUUGAAGCCGGGAGGCAGCUUUGUGUUUUGGGAGCAUGUGAAGAAUAAGGAUACUGCUACGGCUAUCGCGCAAGCUUGUUUAAAUCCUGCUUGGAGCACAUUCGUCGGGUGUCAUCUGACUCGGCAUAUCAAGGAGGAUAUCCUUGCUGCUGGGGAGUGGGAGAACCCCGAUGAUAUUCAGGUGGCACAUGAUCCGUUCACUUGCUUGCCCAGAAUCUGGGGCGAUCUCAAGAAGAAGGCGUGA